CCGGGCGUCGGUGGGCUGGCGGCCGCAGGCUUCGAGCGGGACCAGGGCUGGGAAAGGGUGGGGGUAGCAGGCUCCGCGGCCCGGAACGCGCGGGAAUGGCCCCGGGCCCCGGCCGGAGCGCCCGUGCACGGCCGCUUCCGGCUCCCGCCGAAGCCUCCGCCCGGCCACUUCCGGCGUGGCCUCCUGGGGCCGAGUGGGCGCGGCGGGGCGUGCUGUGAGCUCCGGGCCGGCGCGGUGGGACGCCCUGGAGCCGCGCGCCAGCGGCCAUGGAGCAGGAUGACCCGGGCGAGGCGCUGGCGGAGCUGCGCGGGCGGCGGCUGGGCGCGCGAGAGCUGCUGCAGGCGGCGGCGGGCUCGGGCCUGGCCGCCUACGCCGUGUGGGCGCUGCUGCUACAGCCCGGCUUCCGGCGCGUGCCGCUGCGGCUGCAGGUGCUGGCCGCCCACAGGUGCGGCCUCCGCCCGGCCGUGGGCUACGAGCUGAACCCCUGGCUGGUGGGGCUGGCCCGGCUGCACGCGUGGAGAGCGGGCUGUGCCGGCAGCGUCUGCUACCGCCGUGAGGACCUCUGGAAGGUGGACCUGAGGGACUGCCGCAAUGUGUCCGUGUUCCUGGCGCCUAGUGUGCUCGCACAGCUGGAAGACAAGCUGCAGGCAGAGCUGCCCGAAGGGGCCCGAGUGGUGUCGGGGCGCUUCCCCCUCCCGACAUGGCAGCCUGUGGCUGUGAUGGGUGAGGGUGUGGACCGUGUCUGGGCGUAUGAUUUCCCGAGGGGCGGGUUGGCUGGUCAGGCGUCCCCAGGACCCAGUUGUGCCUCAGCCCCUGGGCCCUCCAGUUCUCAGGCUGGCUGACCAUUUGCACACAAUAAAGACUCGUGGACUCA